GUGACCUCUAUGACACUCGAAGUCCUUUAGCUAAGUGGGAACUAGCUGUUACCCUGAACUUUGUGUGGAUGUGGCCUGAACUUUAGUAAGUGACAGUAACGACUGUAGUGGUGAUCGGUGAUACAAGGUGGGAGCGUAAGGAGAGUGUCAUGAUGCAAGCUGAAUCAGACGGGAAGCCUAGUGUGUUAGGCAGAUCCCUGAGCGAGCCAGCUAGAUUUGCUUAUGCCGGUCUCUGUGGUCUCUCAUUGGCUCAGCUAUAUCCUGAGGUGGAACAAAGGAGUUUCUGCACAAAGUUUGUCAAGGAUCUGGUGCAAUGGCUGGAUUUGUCUGAGUCUGUUGUGCCAGCAAUGGAAGCGUUUGCCAGCGGCUUAGGGGGCGAAGGAACAGAAACAUUUGCCGAAGUUUUACUGAAGGACCCUGUAAUGCAAACAUCCCCAACUAUAAUUACUCAGGAUUUGGUGUCUUUUUCUCUUAAGGACGGAUAUUAUGAUGCUAGAACACGGGUUCUCAUUUCACACGUGUCUUGGCUGCUUCGAGUUCCUCCACAGACCAUGGAAGUGUGCGAGGAGUCAUUAAUGCAAAAGCUGAAACAGUUUACAGAGGAACCUUCAGAGUCCGUGCAGGAGUCUCGCAGGAAAAAGGAAAGUCGGAAAAAGCUGAAGAGAUAUUUGCUCAUUGGCCUGGCCACUGUUGGGGGUGGCACUGUGAUCGGACUCACCGGGGGCCUUGCGGCCCCUUUUGUAGCUGCAGGAGCUGCCACUAUAAUAGGAAGUGCCGGAGCGGCAGUUCUUGGAUCUACUGCUGGUAUUGCUGUUAUGGCAUCUCUCUUUGGUGCUGCCGGAGCUGGACUAACAGGUUACAAGAUGAAGAAACGCGUAGGCGCUAUAGAGGAGUUUGAGUUUUUACCUCUAACUGGAGGAAGGGAACUUCACAUCUGCAUUGCGAUUACAGGCUGGCUAUCUACGGGAAAAUACGGUAGUUUCUCUGCCCCUUGGCAUAGUUUGCUGCAUUCAACAGAACAGUAUUGCCUGGCCUGGGAGUCCAAAUAUCUCAGGGAGCUCGGAAACGCUCUGGAUACCCUGCUGAAUGGGCUUGUCAACAUGGUAGCGCAAGAGGCGCUGAAAUACACCAUCCUAUCAGGUAUUGUUACUGCCCUGACAUGGCCGGCAUCACUAAUAACUGUAGCCAGCGUCAUUGAUAAUCCCUGGGGAGUUUGUCUCAGCCGCUCAGCAGAAGUUGGCAAACAUUUGGCUCACAUACUUUUGACAAGAGAACAGGGACGGCGACCUGUGACGUUAAUCGGCUUCAGUCUGGGAGCAAGAGUUAUUUACUUUUGUUUGCAAGAGCUGGCUCAAGAAUCAGGCUCUGAGGGGAUCAUUGAGGACGUGGUACUGCUGGGAGCGCCUGUGGAAGGCGAUGCAAAGAAGUGGAAACCGCUGACUCGCGUUGUGUCCGGAAGAAUCAUAAAUGGCUACUGCAGGGGUGACUGGUUAUUGAGUUUUGUCUACCGCAGUUCUUCUGCAAAGCUGAAUGUGGCAGGUCUGCAGCCAGUAAAUAUAGAUGACCGGAGAAUGGUAAAUGUGGAUCUGUCAUCAGUGGUGAAUGGGCACCUGGACUACAUGAAACAGAUGGAUACUCUGCUAAAAGCUGUUGGCAUCAAGACCAAGGAGUGUCGCAUGGAGGGACAGAAUGGGCUUUGUUUUCAGCCAGCAUCAACUUCAGUGAAGAUAGAAAGCCGCCAACCUCCCAUGAACUCUCAACCUGAUGAAGACUCAAGCUGGGAUUGGGAACCUGUAAAUUCUGAGGAAACGUCACAACCUCUAAGUAACAUGGAGGCAUCAUAUUCUAUGGGCAGCCAGGACUGUGCUUCAAAUCAUCAACUUAUGUACUCACAUCCUACCAAACCAUCUUCAUCUCACUGCAUUGGUUGCUGCAAGUUAACGGGCAUUGGGCUGACCUGUUCUGACUGCUCAAACAACAAUGAAAACCUAAUGGAAGAAAAAGAUACUAAAGAAGCAAACAGAACCAUUGAAAAUAUAAGCUGUGAAAUAACAGAUUGUGAUCUUCCACCAUAACCAAAAAACGCGUGUAUAGUAUGUGGUGUUGUGUCCGACUUACCUUCAUGUUGCAGAUAGAGUUGCUAAUGUGCUCUCCAAAGAAGUGUACCCAUUACAAUUUCCAGCAAAGUAGGACAGAGUGUUAAGGAAGACAUGAAGGAUAAGGACAAAGAAUGUAUUAUUUUUAAAUUAAUUUUUAGUGUUACAACUGGAAGACCUUUGCUGUAAAUACUGUGUAAACAUUCACACUGAAUAAUGAGCCAAAACAUAAUGAAAUGCUCUAACAAAUGUGAUAUUGUUAAACAAACACUUGUUUCUAACUGUUAUUAACCACUGCAAUGGGGUUAAACACAUAGCUAAAGAUUUCUUCAUGUGCUACUCCUGAGCAUGGCAUAUAAAGUGAUUGUUGGAUAUGUAUGUAUACCACUUCUGAUUGGCCACUAGCCAUGACUUGUUCAGGAGCAGCAAUACAUCAAGCCUGAGAAUGCAACUUUAAAAAUGUGUUUAAAGGGACAGUCUACAAUAUAAUUGUUAUUGUUUUAAAAGAUAGAUAAUCCCUUUAUUACCCAUUCCCCAGUUUUGCAUAACCAACACUGUUAUAUUAAUACACUUUUUACCUCUGUGAUUACCUUGUACAGGUAUACCCCGCUCAUACAGCGGGUUAGGGACCGGAGCCCCGCUGUAAAGUGAAAACCGCCUUAAAGUGAAACAAGGCAGUUUUAGCUUUCUUUUCAGUGUUUAAAAUCUUGAAAACAUGUUUGAACUAACAUAUUUAGGGGUGCAAUAGUGCUAUGUUUAGUUUAACACUAGCACAGCAAGUAUUCAAUUAGGAUUCAAUAAAUACUGUACCUGUAAAAUUGUGACAAUUACUGUAGUAAAAUUUGCCAGACUAUAGCACUGAGAAACAGAUUGCACUGCAAUGCUAUAAACAGAGUGAACUAAGCAUAAACAAAUGGUGCCAGUCACUUUUCUAGCAAUCUCACGAUGAUUAUAGCACUGUUUCAAAAUCCUUGGAGGUUGAACUUCAGCUCCACAAAGCGCUGUAUUAGCGAAUCGCUGUAAAGUGAAGCGCUGUAAAGUGAGGUAUACCUGUAUCUAAGAACCUUCUUCCAGCCCCAUGAUCACAUGACUGUGACUGUUUAUUAUCUAUUGUCUUGCAUUUAGCAUUGUUUUGUGCUAAUUCUUAAAUACCCCCCAUCUAUUGUCUUGCAUUUAGCAUUGUUUUGUGCUAAUUCUUAAAUACCCCCCUGUGCCUGAACACAGUGUUAUCUAUAUGGCCCACAUGAACAACCCAGUCUUCUGUUGUGAAAAACAAUUUAAAAAGAUGUCAUUAGAGGCAGCCCUCAUGGGCUUAGAAAUUAGCAUAUGUGCCUACCUAGGUUUAGUUUAAACUAAGGAUACCAAGAGGAAAAAGCAAAUUUGAUGAUAAAAGUAAAUUGUAAAGUUGAUUAAAAUUACAUGUCCUAUCUGAAUAAUGAAAGUUUAAUUUUGACUAGACUGCCCCUUUAAAGGGACACUGAACCCAAUUUUUUUCUUUCGUGAUUCAGAUAGAGCAUGAAAUUUUAAGCAACUUUCUAAUUUACUCCUAUUAUAGAAUUUUCUUCAUUCUCUUGGUAUCUUUAUUUGAAAUGCAAGAAUAUAAGUUUAGAUGCCGGCCCAUUUUUGGUGAACAACCUGGGUUGUCCUUGCUGAUUGGUGGAUAAAUUCAUCCACCAAUAAAAAAGUGAUAUCCAGAGUCCUGAAUAAAAAAAAAAACUUAGAUGCCUUCUUUUUCAAAUAAAGAUAGCAAGAGAACGAAGAACCAUUGAUAAUAGGAGUACAUUAGAAAGUUGGUUAAAAUUGCAUGCUCUGUCUGAAUCCCAAAAGAAAAACAUUGGGUUCAGUGUCCCUUUAAGCCCUUUUUCUUGUUCCUCAGAUUGGACCUGAUUUUCUAAAGCUCUCCGCUCAGGCGAGAUUAUCUGGGACAUAUUUUACUUUGAGAGCUGUUUAUCUUAUUAAGGGUGUUCCUAACACUUCUUUAUGUGAAUGAGAGACACCAACAUCAUAGUGCUCAAUAAUAAUAGUUUAAAAUAUGUAUUACAAUUAUGUUUGCAAUAUGCAGGAACAAAUCAUAUUUAAUGUACAAUGUACUUUCAAAACACAAAGUUAAAAACUUACUAAAAAAAAUUUCAAAGCUCA